AGUUUUAAAAGCCGUCCGCUGUGCGCGGGGCAUGUUAGCGAUUUUUAGCACGAACAGAGCUUAGGCGGCUCUAUAGAAUCUUUGCUUUGUGUUGUAUAAUUGGAGCACGUCAGUGCUGAGGCCGGAACAACAUCUCCCGUGCCAUGGCGCCGGGAAUAUUAUUUUACCUCUUGGCUUCACUGGUAAUAACGAAGGCCAGUGAAGAUGCAUCCGCAACAAGAGCGUUAAUACAACAAGAGGCUCAAGAGGCACGCGCAUACGGAAACUAUGGGGAUAACGAAAAAGAAAUCGUAGUCGAUAUCGAAGAUGACGAAAAGAAACAAUAUUAUGAGACUAACUAUGAAACUAAUGCAUAUGGAUUUGGUUACGACGUUGGUCCAAACGGUCAGUUUCACCACGAAAACCGAGGUCCAGACGGCGUCACAUAUGGUUGCUACGGCUACGUUGACCCCGAUGGUUACCUUCGUGUAACGCACUAUGUCGCUGACAGCCAUGGCUAUCGAGUAGUAGAACCCGAAAAACCUGUCGAAGUUUACCCCGAUGCAAAUCACGAAUACGACGAAAAUUCCAUGGAACCAAGCAAAAUUCCUGGACAAAUAGUACCUUGGAAUAAAUUAUACCUACCAAGUGGAUGUGGAAGAACACCUGGUGGUGUACCUCCAAAACCUCCACCAAAACCUAAGCCGAAACCUCCAAGUCUGCCCCCAGACAGCGCUAGUCAAACCUCCAACCCGAAACCAGGCGGAUACUACCCCGGCUCUGGUCCAGGUGGCUCUAAUGGACCAAACGGACCAGGUGGCUCUAAUGGACCUUAUGGACCAGGUGGUCCUAAUGGUCCUAACGGACCAGGUAGCCCUAAUGGACCGGGAGGAUCAGGACAAGGUGGUUACUAUCCGGGUACACCUGGCUCACCAGGUAGUCCUGGAGGUCCUGGAGGACCCGGAGGACCUGGUGGUCCUGGUGGUCCUGGAAGUCCUGGAGGGGGGUACUACCCCGGUCAAACAGGACCCGGUAUCCCGAAUGGACCUAGUGGAUCAAACGGACCUAACGGCCCAGGAGGACAAGGCGGAUCAUGGAUAGGUACGCCUGGUACUCCUGGUUCUCCAGGUAGUCCCGGUUCUCCAGGUAGUCCUGGUACUCCAGGCUCUCCGGGUGGUCCAGGAGGUCCUGGAGGUCCAGGUGGACCAGCAAGUCCUGGCACUCAAGGAGGUUACUACCCUGGUCAAACAGGUGGACAAGUUAACGCACUGAGUGAGUCAAUCAGUUCGUUUUCAUGGCAUGAUCAUAUCAUCCUUCUCGGCGACUUCAAUAUUAACGUACUGAACGCUAGAGAGGGUAACACGUUAUUACUCAAUGAUCUCUUGUCCAGCUUCGGCCUUCAGCAGAUCGUCACUGAGCCCACACAUUUCUCCGCUCAUGUAAACACCUUGCUCGAUCUCGUUUGCACUGAUGCAAGCGUGACACGAGUAUGGGUUGAUCAUUUGCCUUCACUCAGUGACCAUGCGUUAGUCGUGUGUGAGCUGGAUAUGCCCAAGAUAAAAAAGCGCCCGAAAACUUUGUGUUAUAGGCCUAUUAAAGACAUAGAUUUAUCACUUUUUGAAAAUUACAUGGAAUCAGUCAAUUGGAGUGCUAUGAAUGAUGGGGUGAAUAUUAAUGAAACAGCCAAAUAUAUCUCCUCUAAUUUGCUUAGAGUUUUUGACUGUCUUGUCCCCAAAAAAAAGGUUACCAUUAAGGAAAAGAGCUACCCUUGGAUAACUUAUAAUAUUCGUAUAAUGAUGAAACAUCGCGAUAAGGCCCAUCGGGAGGCCCGUUCAUCUAAGAGUCCGUCCAAGCUAAACUACUACAAGGAACUUAAGAAUCUCGUAGCGCAGGCCAUCAACGCCGAAAAAGAAGCCUAUCUAAAAAAGUAUAUUUGCUCCAACAUACAAAACCCUAGAACCAUGUGGAAACACAUUAAAGAAAAUGUAAACUUUAAAAAUACUGAUGUGCCCCUUCCUAUAAAUUUGCGUGAUGCGGAGAAGUUGAAUAAACAUUUUAUGAACGCUCCAGGUGAUAAUAUAGUAGAUUCUUCAUAUAUUGAGUAUUAUCUUAAAAACAAAUAUGAUUCGUCAAGUACUUUUAGAUUCCAUGUUGUGACGGAGGAAGAGGUUGCCACCAUUGUUCGGGAACUGCGUUCUAACGCCGUCGGCGUGGAUGGCAUUUCAUUGGAUAUGCUACUCUUAUCUAUUCCGUACACACUAAACUCUUUUACCAACUUAGUUAAUAGAAGCAUCUUAUCCUCAACAUUCCCCGAGAUGUGGCGUGAUGCUGUGGUGCGUCCUAUUCCUAAAACUUCCCACCCUUCGGAAUUUAAAGAUCUACGUCCAAUAAGUAUAUUGUCGUGUCCCUCAAAAAUCUUGGAAAAAAUUGUCUGUAAGCAACUCACUGAAUACGUAGAAAGUAGGAGCAUUCUACCCGUAAUGCAGUCAGGUUUUAGGAAGCACCACAGCACUACGACCGCUCUUGUGGGUGUGAUCGAUGACAUACUUCAUGCCCAAGAUAGAGGAAAUGUUACUAUUAUAGUAUUUCUUGAUUUCUCUCGAGCAUUUGAUGCUAUUCAUAUUAACUUACUUUUAGCAAAACUCCGAUUUUACGGAUUGGAUGAGUCCGCUGUUCUGUGGUUUACCAGCUAUCUACAAGAUAGAUACCAAGUUGUAGAAAUAAAAACAGAGGAGGGAAAUGUACAGCAAGUCCAGGACUUUGAUCCACUGAUUGCUGUUAAUGGCUGCAAAAUCGACAGAGUAUCAGAAGCUCGUAAUUUAGGGCUUCUAAUGGAUGAGAAUCUACGGUUCGAAAAACAUGUUUUAAAGUUAGUACGUGGAUCAAGUGGACCUAGCGGCCCAGGAGGUCAAGGUGGAUCAUGGCCAGGUGGUCACUAUCCCGGUACCCCAGGUAGUCCUGGAUCUCCUGGCAGCCCUGGUACUCCAGGUUCUCCCGGUAGCCCUGGAGGUCCGGGUGGUCCCGGAGGUCCGGGUGGCCCCGGAGGCCCUGGUAGUCACGGUUCUGGUGGUAAUUAUCCGGGUCAGACUGGAGGACAAGGUCCACUUGGGCCAAGCGGACCUAGCGGUAGUUAUUACCCUAGUACUCCGGGUUCCCCGGGGACUCCAGGAACUCCAGGUACACCUGGCAGUCCAGGUGGACCAGGUGGUCCAGGCGGACCAGGUGGUCCAGGUGGACCCACUGGACCAGGAGGACCGAGUGGACCAGGUGGUGUAAAUGGCCCUGGAAGUUACUACCCUAGCAAACCUGGCACUCCAGGUUCCCCAGGAUCACCUGGUGGACCAGGUGGACCGGGCGGACCAGGUGGGCCAGGUGGCCCAGGUGGACCUGGAGGGCCCACUAAACCAAGACAGCCAGGUGGACCUGGACAACCUGGACAACCAGGAUACCCAGGUCAACCAGGACAGCCGGGAUACCCGGGCCAACCAGGAACACCGGGAUACCCAGGGCAACCAGGACAGCCAGGUGAACCUGGACAACCCGGACAACCUGGACACCCAGGCCAACCAGGACAGCCGGGAUACCCAGGACAGCCAGGUGGACCUGGACAACCUGGACAACCAGGAUACCCAGGUCAACCAGGACAGCCGGGAUACCCGGGCCAACCAGGAACACCGGGAUACCCAGGGCAACCAGGACAGCCAGGUGAACCUGGACAACCCGGACAACCUGGACACCCAGGCCAACCAGGACAGCCUGGAUACCCAGGUCAACCCGGAAAGCCAGGAGGACCGGGACAACAAGGACAACCUGGACAACCAGGAUACCCAGGUCAACCAGGACAGCCGGGAUACCCGGGCCAACCAGGAACACCGGGAUACCCAGGGCAACCAGGACAGCCAGGUGAACCUGGCCAACCCGGACAACCUGGACACCCAGGCCAACCAGGACAGCCUGGAUACCCAGGACAGCCAGGUGAACCUGGACAACCCGGACAACCUGGACACCCAGGCCAACCAGGACAGCCUGGAUACCCAGGUCAACCCGGAAAGCCAGGAAGACCGGGACAACAAGGACAACCAGGACAGCCAGGAAAUCCAGCCCAACCCGGACAACCAGGAUACCCAGGCCAGCCAGGACAGCCGGGUGGACCUGGACAACCUGGACAACCAGGAUACCCAGGCCAGCCAGGACAGCCGGGAUACCCAGGCCAACCAGGAACACCAGGAUACCCAGGGCAACCAGGACAGCCAGGUGAACCUGAACAACCGGGACAACCUGGACACCCAGGCCAACCCGGACAACCAGGAUACCCAGGACAGCCAGGAAACCCAGCCCAACCCGGAAAACCAGGUUACCCAGGCCAGCCAGGACAGCCGGGAUACCCAGGCCAACCAGGACAACCAGGUGGACCUGGACAACCAGGAUACCCAGGCCAGCCAGGACAACCGGGAUACCCAGGCCAACCAGGACAGCCAGGUGGACCUGGACAACCAGGAUACCCAGGCCAGCCAGGACAACCGGGAUACCCAGGAUACCCAGGCCAACCAGGAACACCGGGAUACCCAGGCCAGCCAGGACAGCCGGGAUACCCAGGCCAACCAGGAACACCGGGAUACCCAAGCCAACCAGGACAGCCUGGAUACCCAGGUCAACCAGGACAGCCAGGGGGACCUGGACAACCAGGAUACCCAGGCCAACCAGGACAGCCAGGGCGACCUGGACAACCCGGACAACCUGGACAGCCAGGCCAACCAGGACAGCCGGGAUACCCAGGUCAACCCGGAAAGCCAGGAGGACCGGGACAACAAGGACAACCAGGACAGCCAGGAAACCCAGCCCAACCCGGACAACCAGGUUACCCAGGCCAGCCAGGACAGCCGGGAUACCCAGGCCAACCAGGACAACCGGGAUACCCAGGACAGCCUGGAUACCCUGGUCAACCAGGACAGCAAGGGGGACCUGGACAACCCGGACAACCAGGAUACCCAGGCCAACCAGGACAGCCAGGGCGACCUGGACAACCCGGACAACCUGGACAGCCAGGCCAACCAGGACAGCCGGGAUACCCAGGCCAACCAGGAACACCGGGAUACCCAGGCCAGCCAGGACAGCCGGGAUACCCAGGCCAACCAGGAACACCGGGAUACCCAAGCCAACCAGGACAGCCGGGAUACCCAAGCCAACCAGGACAGCCGGGAUACCCAAGCCAACCAGGACAGCCGGGAUACCCAGGUCAACCAGGACAGCCGGGAUACCCAGGCCAACCAGGACAGGCAGGUGGACCUGGACAACCCGGACAACCUGGACACCCAGGCCAACCAGGACAGCCGGGAUACCCAGGUCAACCAGGAAAGCCAGGAGGACCGGGACAACAAGGACAACCAGGACAGCCAGGAAACCCACUCCAACCCGGACAACCAGGUUACCCAGGCCAGCCAGGACAGCCGGGAUACCCAGGCCAACCAGGACAGCCGGGAUACCCAGGCCAACCAGGACAGCCGGGAUACCCAGGCCAACCAGGACAACCAGGAUACCCAGGCCAGCCAGGACAGCCAGGUGAACCUGGACAACCCGGACAACCUGGACACCCAGGACAACCAGGACAGCCGGGAUACCCAGGUCAACCCGGAAAACCAGAAGGAACGGGACAACAAGGACAACCAGGACAGCCAGGAAACCCAGCGCAACCCGGACAACCAGGAUACCCAGGCCAACCAGGACAACCAGGGCGACCUGGACAACCCGGACAACCUGGACAGCCAGGCCAGCCAGGACAGCCGGGAUACCCAGGUCAACCAGGAAAGCCAGGAGGACCGGGACAACAAGGACAACCAGGACAGCCGGGAUAUCCAAGUCAACCAGGACAGCCGGGAUACCCAGGCCAACCAGGACAACCAGGAUACCCAGGCCAGCCAGGACAGCCAGGGCGACCUGGACAACCUGGACAAUCUGGACACCCAGGUCAACCAGGACAGCCGGGAUACCCAGGUCAACCAGGAAAGCCAGGAGGACCGGGACAACAAGGACAACCAGGACAGCCAGGAAACGCACCCCAACCUGGACAACCAGGAUAUCCAGGCCAACCAGGACAGCCAGGGGGACCUGGACAACCCGGACAACCUGGACACCCAGGCCAACCAGGACAGCCAGGUGGACCUGGACAACCCGGACAACCAGGACACCCAGGCCAACCAGGACAGCCGGGAUACCCAGGUCAACCGGGACAAUCGGGAUACCCAGGUCAACCAGGACAGCCAGGCCAACCAGGACAGCCGGGAUACCCAGGCCAACCAGGACAGCCAGGAGGACCGGGACAACAAGGACAACCAGGACAGCCAGGUGGACCGGGACAACCAGGAGUACCAGGACAGCCAGGUGGACCAGGUCAACCAGGACAGCCAGGACAACCAGGACAGGCAGGUGGACCUGGACAACCUGGACAGCCGGGAUACCCAGGCCAACCAGGACAGCCAGGAGGACCGGGACAACAAGGACAACCAGGACAGCCAGGUAUAAACGGUGAUUCCGAAGGCCAACCUUCUGGAACUGGAGUACAACCUCCCGUUUAUCCACCCACAAGUCAAAUGCCACCAUUCCCUAUUUAUGUUAUACCUUAUCCACUACCCAUCGUUCCAAGUCCCGGGUCAUGUCCAUGCUACCUUUUAAAUCCAAGCAAAAACGAUUCAACUACUACCAGCAUGUCACAAACUCAAAAUCAGCAAAAUAUCAAUAAUCAAGCUUAUACUCCAUACGGUAUAAUUGGAUUUAUUCCAGUUGUGUUUGUUCCAAAUUGUCCAGGAAAUAAUAACGAAAUGCAAACAGCACAACAGAACUUCCCUAAUGCAGUAUCAGUACCAUACAAUUGUGCUCAAUGCCAAGCAAGCAAAGAUGUAUAUCGUUACUUUGGAAGAGUAAAUGGGGGACGUAGUGUGGAUUUCAGUGAUUUAAAAGCAAUUAAGUCAUUGCCAGAACUUGAAAAUUUAUUAAAAAAUGAAAUAAAACCACCAAGAAGAAGCCUAAAACGAAUAGCUGUUCACGCUCGAGUCCUUGAUGACGUAACUAAGGAUAAGAAGAACAACAAAAAGGAGUUGAAAGCUUAAAAUAUUGUAGUAUAUUUAGUUAAAAUUUUCUAAUUUAAUGGUGAUUUUGAAACUGUCCGACAAUACCUUGGACAAUUUCAAAAUACUUGUAGUUGAUAAAAUAAUUGUGGUGAUAACGUCAGAAAAUAAGUAAAUAAUUUAAUGAAGUUGUUAUGAACA